AUUAAUCUACGAUAUGUGGUGCGUAGUUCGAUUGUUGUGCCAGUGAAUACGGUAGUGCUCCGGUGACGUUUUUCGAGUCGGCGGUUUCGGGUAAUUCGAAGUGAUUUCGCGGUGCAUUGACUCAAUCAUUUCAAUUAGAGUGUCAUCUCCGGCGUGUUCGCGAUUUUACUACGAGUUCAACUAUAGCGGUGACAAGUUAAUUUGACCUAUGAAGGUUUCAUUUUGAUAAAGAUACGAAUUUGAGACACGUUAUGAUGGCAAUGAAACUAAAAAUACUUGAGGAUCACGCGACCAAACGACGGGGGAGCAGGAGAUUCUAAACUGAAUGAUUGAACUGCAAAUGACGUGGGUGUAUAAUUGUUCUCAAAUUAUAAAAAAUGCAUUCAUUACUCAUCCUCAUCGGAUUCAUCUCCUAAGAGUAGAUUCAGCUGGUGAAUAGAACAAUGAACUUGACGUUAUAAAAAGAAUAAUUGGAAAUUAUCUCCGAUACAAACGAUUUCAUUGAUGAAGAAAACUCGUAUUCAUUGCCUGUCAGUGGCUGCAGUGAAGGCGGUCUGAGGAGUAAAAACUGCAAUCUCGAUUGUAUCGAUUUCACCAUGGAAACGGAUCGUAAACAUUUGAUGGAGAAAAAUCUCGCACAAUUUGACCAGUAUUCGGCUGAUAGCGGUAAAUCAUACGAGUUGAACCGCGAUACGUUAUCGGAACAAUUAACACGUAUUGAAAAUGACGCAGACGUGCCAAAUCGUGCGGAUAAUAAAAUCUCGAGAAUUUUCGAUAAUUUAAUCGACGUUAUGAAAAUCACCGCCGGAUUAGACGAUGUGUCCAAUAACGAACGGUCUGAUUUUUCGUUUUGUUCGUACGCAAGGAAAUCCGAUUUAUCGUACUCGUGCGACGAUCUCUUCGUUAGUGACGAUGGCUAUCCGAGAUUAUGUGAAUUAUUUAAUAACAUAACAUCGAAUUUAUCUCCCCUAGAACCGAUGACUUGCUCGUUGGAACGUAGUAAUUCUUGGCAAUUUUGUUCGUUUUCAAGUAAAUAUCCAAGUAUCGAAUUUUCUUGUUCUAGUUCCGCGUCAUCGUCUAUUUGUUCUUUUACGCAGUUCAAUCAAAUACUUAGAUCUUUAAAUGAUAAGGAAGCAGUCGAUGAAAUCGAUCUCGAGUGUCGCGAUUUAUCAAGGUUCUCUUCGUUUGUACAUCCGAAAAAACCAUCAGUACCGGUGAAACGAUCGUAUUCAGAUAGUGAUUUACGUCAACUCGAUGGAAUCCAAAUAGAAUCCAAUUUCGGUAACGUUCCAUUACAAAAUGCCUACUCGAGGUGUGCUGAUAACGCGGAAUUAGCCAGCGACGACGAGUACGUUGCAUGUAAAAGGGCGAAAAUCGAUAACAGUUCUGUUAGCUUGACCUGUACCAAUAGCAAAAACGAAGUGGUGGUAAUAAAUCGACUGUACGAAGAAUCCGAUAGCAGAGAUGGGCUCGGUCAUCAGUCUACAGGUUUGAACGGGUUACCUGGGCAACCCUACGAUAAACUAUCGGACGACGACGACGACGCCGGUGACCAACGGAGCACGUUGCCAACAGAUGUGAUCCAGGGACGCAUGCGCAGUCGCAGCGUCACGCUUGAACGGCGCAGAACCGCUGCCUAUGUAACGACGCUGAGGAGAGCCCGGCAGAUGGAACGUUCGUACAGUAUCGACGUUAUGGAUUCUUCUUGUAGCUGGGAAUCGGAGAAACGUAGUCAGCAAACGUCGUCAAGUCGAGAUCGAGAUCGAAAUCUUUGCUCGGAUAUCGAAGAUGUGCCAGUUACGUCGUCUACUGCUGUAAGACCUCGUAGCUGGAUGCGUGCCUCGAUGCGUUUAGUGCGGCCUUUUCAUUUGGCAGAUCCUCCUUCGCCACCGCCGCCUUCGGUGCCCGCGACCAUCCAGCAACCGGUUCAAAUCCAUUUACCGCCCGUGUUCCCGUGCGAUGUAGUUGAACGACCGUGUUCGGCACCGAUGCCGGAGCGUCCCCGGCAAUACGGACGCUCCGGGCAGAGGCGUUUGUCGAGUCGUGUGUCAUCGAUAGCGUCGUCGACCGAAUCUCCGGCAUCCAGCUUCAGCGCCAACGAAAAUUGGCACGGUAGCCCUACUAUCAGCCAGACCGAAUCUCGCAGAUCGAGCAUUUCCGAAGCACCAACAUUUACUAGGAAUGAAUCCAUGUCGAGUACGGCCACUCAGUCAACUAAUCGACCUUCUGCUUCGGCUCAGACUGAUACCGGAGCAUAUGAAAUGAGCCAAGAAUCGGAGAGCCCUUUGGGGCAGUGGAGUCAUGGUCUUAGUUCAAUGCUUGCCUGUGUCGGAUGUACCCUCGGAAUAUUUAAUAUUAGCAGAUUUGCCAUAUUUAGUAUUCAUUUCGGAGCCAAUUUCAUACUACAGUUUUUGGUACUAACGGUGUUAAUCGGUAUUCCAUUGUUUACAUUUCAUAUCUCAUUGGGACAAUUACUAGGCACCGGAGUUCUAAAUAUGUGGCAUAUCUCACCUAUUUUUAAGGGCAUCGGCGUAGCAUUGCUACUAUCUCAGGCAUUUAUUGGUAUUUAUAGUAUAAUCGGAGUAUCGUGGAUGUUCGUCUACUUCAAAGAUUCGUUCAUUUCGAAGCAAGACGUUUACAGGUGGGCGGAACCUCUUGAACUUUACGUUGAAGACGGCGUUAGAACUAUGAAGUACAACAAUGGUAGCUAUAAAAUCGAGCAAACAGUACCGGAUUACUUCAGCGGUGUCGUGCUGCAGCGUAGAAACGUACUGAAACAAGACGACGAUCUCAUGAACGUUAAAUUUUCAGUUGCAUUUAAUUUGGCCAUCGUUUGGAUCAUAAUUUUUUUAUCAUUAAGUAAAGGUUUAAAAUCUUACGGUAAAGUAGUGUACGUGUUUUCAAUACUGCCAAUAUUUGGCAUGACGCUGCUCUGCGCCAAGCUAUUGGGAUUCCUUCCAGGAACGGCGAAAAGUCGUAAUUUCUUUCCGGAAACCGACUGGAGUGAAUUUUUUCUCAACUCUAAGAGUUGGGUAGCUGCUUUCACGGAGGUAUUUUUAACGUGGGGAGUGUUCGGAGCAUCGGCUAUGCAGAUAACUUCUCAUAAUCGACAAAAGCAUUUUUUAUACCGUGAUUCAGCUCUAGUAAUCGUGAUUACCGUGUCUGUAUUGUUACUAUCCGCCUUUAUCGCCAAUAUGUGUUCGCAGCUGUUAGAAUACAAUAAUUUUUUAUACCUACCUAGUUCAUUCGAACGAUCUACUACGUAUUUAUUUCUACAACGGAUGGAUAUCCCGUUGCCGUACAGUUACGCUACAACGCCUAUCAGAUGGAUGAUACAUAGCGGAUUGAUCUUAGGUGAGAGGACCAUCAAACCGGGAACUAAUCCAAUUCAAGAAAGCGGCUAUCAGCCAUUACGUUUAGCUACCGAAUUAGUUCCUGCUACAUUUGCAGCCAUCGGGCCAAAAAUCAUUUCGCCUUUUUGGUCGGUUUUGUUUUAUUUCAUUUUCAUCAUGUUUGGUAUUUCGCAACAGAUGGCCAUUUGGUACGGUGUAAUUAGCAAUAUCGUUAUGAUCAAUGUGAAAGCGCUGAAACCAUGUUGGACGACGAUAACGUGGUUUACGUGUAUUGGAGGUUUCAUUCUGGGACUUCCGAUGACUAUGGAGACUGGAAUAUUCGUAGUUUAUUUUUUGGAUUUCGUGAUCGGCUGCGGUUGGUGGAUAAUGAUCCUUUAUCUACUCCAGCUCGGAGCUGUAUUUAUAGUCAGAGGACGUCCUUAUAGCGGCGAAACCAUCGUCGCUACAUUAUUCACGAGAUCUAAUUACUUUCUGCAGAAUUGGAUAGCUCCUAUGUUCUCAUUUAAUUGGAAUGUCAUCUUACCAGUCACUUUAUUGUUAUUGUCCACGUCCGUUUUCAAAAACGGAGGAUAUAGGAUGCUGUAUAAUUGGCAUUCGUCCAAAUACUACGAAUAUUGGCCGCUGUGGAGUCGUAAAUUCGGCUGCUUGUUGCAAAUAUUACCUCUGUUUACUGUUCCUCUAGUCGGAAUUAUUCAAAGUUAUCUUUACCUCACCGAUGGUCCGUUGGAUUUGUUUGAAAGAAUUCAACAACUGUAUAGGCCAGUUUUGGAGAAUACUUCAAAUCUACGCAGUCCUAAUGUAGCGGACACCGAAUCAAAUAACAGAAGUAGCGGUAAUAACAAUACAAAUGUAACUGUCAACGAUGAUCCACCGCCUAAAUACACCCCUCCGCCUUCUUACUCCACAGCUACUGGAGCAAGAAUUGCCAAACUGCUUAGGCAAAGCUUCCGUCGCAGUGUGAUUAGAAUAGCGCACGUGUUAGGUACGUCGGAUUCGAACCCGUCCACGUCGGAAGUGGAUCAUGCAGCAUCACAGAGGCAGUUACCACCGCCACCCGAUUACUCUACGGUUCUAGUCGAAAUAAAUCAGUCUCUACGCGGCUCUAAUCUUUCAACAAUUAAUUCUAUUAACCCGUCUAAUAUGUCGAUUAACGAAAGCACCACUCAUCGCAAUGAUGACCCUAGUUCGACGUUAACCGCCCAAGACGUGGCGAAUAUAUUAAGAAGUAGUUUAAGAAGGAAUAGAACACUGCCAGUUCAUAAUAAUUUAGUCGAACAAGAGUGUACGAGUAUACAGUGCUUGGUGGAAAGUGCCGCUCCUAUUAAUCAAGACUCUAUUAUUAUGUUAGACGAAUUAAAAACACAACAACAAACUUGAUUGAGAGUUGUCAUGUGUCGUGUAAUGUUUUUUUUUGUCUGUGAUAUUUCUCCUAGUUUUAAGAAUCCCUCCCUAUGUCCUCCUCUUUGUUCUUUCUUUUUCUCGAAUCAUAAUUUGUAACAUAAUCACUUUUGUACGAGUUAAUAAAGUUUUUUAUAAAAAAAAAAUAUCAA